ACAAACAGAAUCUCACUAUUUCUUCUUUUCCCCCAUUUUCUUCAGUCUAUUCAAACAAAAUCUCCAUGAAGAUCUCCAACUUCUUCAUUUUCUCCUUCUUCUUAAUCACAGGAUUUUUGUGGGGUGUUCGAGUUGAAGGUUUACGUCAUCACCACCACCACCACCACCGUCACCAGAAUAGCCAUAAUAACCCAAAAAGUUACAAAAAUGACCAAAAAGAUCACCAAUUUUAUAAUUUUAAACCAACAAAAAUGUUUGUAUUUGGAGAUUCAUAUGUUGAUACUGGUAAUAAUAGAAAAUCAAUGGCUAAUUCUUGGAAACAACCUUAUGGUCUCACUUUUCCCGGCAAGCCCUCCGGCAGGUUUUCCGAUGGACGUGUUCUCACCGAUUACCUAGCAAAAUUCUUGGGAUUGAAGUCACCAGUACCAUAUAGAUGGAUGAAAUAUGCAACAAAUAGGCUAAGAUAUGGAAUUAAUUUUGCCUAUGGAGGAACUGGUGUUUUUAAUACUACAGUCCCAGAGCCAAACAUGACAACUCAAAUUGAUUUUUUCCAAAAAUUAAUGGCUGAAUCAGUAUACACAAAGGCAGAUAUUGAACAAUCAUUGUUCUUGCUUUCUCUUGCUGGAAAUGAUUAUGGUGCUUACCUUGCUAAUGGUGGUACAGUUCAGGAUAUUCCUGCCUUCAUAACUAGUGUGGUAAACCAACUAGUUGUAAACAUGAAAAGAGUCAACAAAUUAGGUGCCAAAAAGAUAGCAGUGACAGCAUUGGAACCAUUAGGAUGUCUUCCACAAAGCACAAUUUUGAAUUCAUUUCAACAAUGCAAUGCUACUGAGAAUAUUGCUGUGGAUCUUCACAAUUCACUAUUGCAACAAGCUGUGGCAAAAUUGAACAAUGAGACAAUGGGUUCAACUUUUGUGAUUCUUGAUCUUUUUAGCUCUUUCAACUCUGUGCUGGCAAGUAAAGGAGUGCAAGGAAGCACGAGGUUCGAGACACCAUUGAAGCCAUGUUGUAUGGGAAUAAGCAACAAAUAUUCAUGUGGAAGUAUGAAUGUUAAAGGUGAAAAGAUGUAUACAGUGUGCAAUGAUCCAAAAUCUGCAUUUUUUUGGGACACAGUUCAUCCAACUGAAGCUGGAUGGCAUGCUGUUUAUACUAACUUGAAAUCUACUCUCACUCAAAAAAUCCUUUAGUUUAAUUGUUUUUAUUUAUUUUAUUUCUAGUUGUGUUAAUUAAAUCAGUGUGCUCUAGUGUUUUUAUUAAAUGUAAUUUCUAGUUUUGUAAGUUUGUUUAAUAUGUUUGUUGUUAUGCUUUAUUAGUUCUAAAGUUUUUGUACUUAUGGGGGUACUAUAAAAAAAUAAAAGACAUUUGCGUGGCGUG